AUGCUGGACAAUCCCGCAAAAGUGACCGAGGUUCACGUCGGGAGUCGAAACGACCUGACGAUGGUGCCGCUGAAAGCGCUCAGCCCGCUGACCCGUGACCUUCUUGGCAGCCUGUUGGACAAGGAGCGAAUAUUUCUUAGCGAGGCAGGAUUUUCCCGCGACUGGCGGGGGCUGUUCUAUUUGGCUGAAAUUCCCAAAAGCCUCUACCCGCUAGUGAAGGGUCAUGAAAAACAUACGCACCGCCUGCUGGAGCUGUGGGAAAAGGAAUCCCAUCAAUGCAAGGUUGAUGCAAAUCUGGCCCAACUGCAGAACCUUCUCGGUUGUAUCGAUCGAUGGGACGUCGUGGAUGAUACGUCCGAUUUGUUCGAGAAAGACGCGGAGAAGUUCUUACUGCAGGAACAGAGGCGUACGGCUCGAGAAAAUCAACCAGCGGAAUUGCAAGAUGGCUAUGUACCGGACGACAACGAUAUUAUUGUGGUAGGCGAUAGACCAGGCAACAAGCAACUGUUCGAUGCCUUCAUUCUAUUCGCUCAGGAGGACAUUGAGUUUGCCACGAAAAUGGUGUCCCGUUUGGAGGCUCGCGGGUUGAACCUAUGCCUUAAGGAUCGUGAUAUUCUGGCCGGUGCUUCCUUCGAGCACGAGGUCAUGUCGCGGCUCAUUUCCGAGCGCUGCCGCCGCUUGGUGGUUAUCAUAUCAGAGGCAUUCCUAGCCAGCUCGCUCAACGAUUUCACCGUUACCUUUGCCCAGGCGUUGCAGAUCGAACGGAGGCAACGCAAGGUAAUACCGUGCGUAUAUGGGAAAUGUGACCUACCGCCACAUCUCAAGUACACCUGUCGGUUGGAUUAUCAGCGAUCGCAAAAUUUGUACAACUUCUGGGACAAACUGGCUAACUCUAUAAGACCAUCGGCUACGGCGGUCGCAAUAAAAGCGUCGCCCGUCAAAGAAGAUCCAGAAGAUCAGCCGCCCCCUAAGGCGCGGCCAGUCGCUGUAACCGCCCCCUUGCCGAUUCCAAAGGUGGCCGUGGUCGAAGAUGAACCGACGCUGGUAGUAAAACUACCGAACGCCGCGGAACAGGAGGGCUGCUCGUCCAGCUUAAAAAAGUCACACUCGUUCUGGGAUCUGUUUUCCGGGCUCAGUCAAAAGAAGAACCGGCUUAACAGUAGCAGCUCACAGGUAAACAUCAACGACAUAACACCGUCGUCCAGCCCGAAAAAGGCGAGCUACUCCCCGCUGAGCUUUAUCAAGCGGGAUUCCUCGCAACCGAACGGUCACGCCGCUUCAUCCGCUCCGUCUAAGGCUACGCCUGCGAAGGAGAAGCAGACGAAGUCGAAAAAGAAAUGGUACAAAUCGAUGGGCCGUAAGGUGGCCACCGCAAUAUGAUAGCACGACGACAGUGUGCCUUCCGAUAUCUGUGAACCGGUGUCACACGUUGGUGUAUGACAUAUAUUUUUAUAUACAUUUCUUAGCAAUGUAGGCUUUUGGCAAUAAACGGUGGACCA